UUUAAGAAUUGGUGCAAAAUUUGAAAAAUUGAAAUUACAUGUGUGUGACUGAAAAUUGAAAAUUAUUUGUUAUUUAUGAUUAAUCUGAAUUUACUUAUUUUUCUCUGAACAGAAUUGUAUUCCUAAUUUUCUAAUUUGUGCCAUGCCACCUAAUAAAAGUAAAAUAAGUCGCGGUGAUGCUCUCAAAAAGGUUUAUUCAAACCGUAUUCAGAAGGCUUAUGAGACAAGUGAUCAUCUCAACUUAAUUGACCAACAAUUAUGUACUCGUUUAAGUGGCUAUUCCUUAAAGUUAUAUCGUUCAACUGAAAUAGACAAAGAAUAUUUUGAAUGGAUGAUUAAUCUAAUUCAAACAAAUAUGGAAAAUUUUUAUAAAACAUGUGCCUGGGGUUGGAACAAGAGCCAAAAAGAGAAAGAAUUAAAACAUGCAAAAGCUAUGAUCCUCAUUGCUAUCAAUUCAGAGAGCAACAAACCAGUUGGAUUUACUCAUUUUCGUUUCGAUUAUGAUGAAGACGGUGCUCGAGGUGUUAUCUAUUGCUAUGAACUUCAAAUUGAGGCGGACUAUCAGCGUAAAGGAUUGGGUGCUUGGUUAAUGGAUGUUUUAUCGGCGUUCUGUAUAAAAUUUGAGUUCCCUAAAUUGAUGUUAACUUGUCUAAAACACAAUCGUCAAGCAAUGAAUUUUUAUCGUAAUAAUCGUGAAUUCAUGAUUGACCGUCGAUCACCAUCUAAAUGUGGAGAGAACACCUGUUAUGAAAUUUUAAGUAAAAAGAUAUUACCAUCUUAACACGGAAUGUUUAUCCAUCAUUUGAUACAAAAACCUUUGUACUUCUCAUAGCAUCAUUCAAACAGAGACAAUCCAUCAGCCAAAUAGCAAUUGUAAUAGUGGAGACGAAACAUACUCUUAAGUUUUUUAAAUAAAUUUCGUAAUUAAGCAAAUUAGCCUCAAACUUUGACGUUUUGAAAUAACUGAAUCCAUUCUGUGUUCAACUUCAUAUUCAAGUGUUUCUUCCUAUGUUUACUCUUCAACAUCUCCUUGUCCUUUCACUAAUUUAAAUAUUGAACGAUGAUCUGUAUAAAAUCAGCAUCAGCAUGAACCUGGCCUAAGGUAGUUCCUAAAGCUGUAAGACAUCAGGAUUUAAUCCACAUCAAGACCUAAUUUUUGAUUUUUAAGCGACUGAUGCUUCUGGCUUUAAUUACUUAUAUUUCUACAUUUUUGUAUACUUGAGUUCACUCGAUAAAGAGAUAUUUUGAUCGA